UAUAACAAGAAUGAGAUCCGGAAUCCUCAGUAUUUUUAAAAAGGGGCUUGACCAAAGAUGUUUAAACUUGAGAAGACAGGGCCAUAUUAAAACUUUCAAAUACAAAUUACCGGUGCACAACAACCCCAUUUGCACAUGGUCUAAGCUGAUCCUGUCCCUAUUGUCCAGCAAAGGGACAACUUCCAUCCAUAGAGAAAGCGAAGAAGGUAAAGAUCCAAAUUUGGAUUUUCAAGAAUCUAAUGAGCAGCCAAGGCUAGUAGUAGUAAAUCUUGAUUCUUCAGAGAAGUUCUGUUCUUUGAAGAUGGUUUUCAGAAGAAUUCUUGUUCUGAUGAUGGGUUGUCUAGGAUUUGCUGAUCAGCCAACAGAAGCAAAUAAUAAUAAUAAUAAUAAUAUGGAAUCCAAGUCAUCAGUUGUAGAUGAAUCUGUUAUUAAAACUCCUAGAGUCAGACUUAGUGAUGGAAGGUAUCUGGCUUACAGAGAAAGAGGGGUACCCAAGAACAAGUCCAAAUACAGCAUCAUCAUUGUUCAUGGAUUUGGCAGCUCCAAACAAAUGAGCUUUAUGGCUUCUGAUGAACUCCUGGAUGGAAUGGGGAUAUACCUUCUGAUAUAUGACAGAGCUGGAUAUGGAGAGAGCGAUCCAAAUCCAAAGCGAUCAGUUAAAAGUGAAGCAUCUGAUAUCGAAGAGUUAGCUGAUCUGUUGCAAUUAGGGUCUAACUAUUAUGUUAUUGGCGUGUCGUUGGGAUGUUACCCUGCUUGGAGCUGCAUCAAACGCAUUCCUCAAAAGCUUGCAGGAGUCGCUCUAGUAGUCCCGUUUGUCAAUUACGAAUGGCCCUCGCUACCUGGUGAUCACACGAAGGAUGACUACAGGAAACAGCUCUGCCGGUUUGCACUUUUGCUCACACGCUAUACUCCAGGGCUGUUGCAUUGGUGGUUCACUCAAAAAUUGUUCCCAUCAGCUACUGCUCUUGAAGGAAAUCCUACAUUCUUUUGUGACAAAGACUUGGAUGUCUUGAAGAAUACACCAGGAUAUCAAUUGUUCACUCAGGACGGGAUAAGGAAACGCAGGGUAUUCGACUCCCUUCGUCGUGACUUUAUUGUGGCUUUUAGCAAGUGGGAUUUUGAUCCACUGGAGCUAAGUAACCCCUACCCACAAAAUGAAAGCUCUGUUCACAUCUGGCAAGGUUACAUGGACAAAGUUGUGCCGGUUCAAUUACAAAGAUACGUCUCACAAAGGCUCCCUUGGAUUCGUUAUCAUGAAGUUCCUGAUAGUGGUCACUUGCUUGUGUAUGAUACUGUUGUGUGUGAAGCUGUCUUAAAGUCACUUUUACUCGGGGAAGAUCCUCAAGUGUACAUGCCUAAAUUACUUGACUGAGUAUUAGUUCAUUCAUUGUAUCCAAAGAUGACCCUGUAAGUUCAUUGAUUUGUAGAAAUUGAUAAAAGUGUGAUUGAUUGCAUUUUUUCCA